GUUAAACCCAAAAUAAGAAUGAAACUAAAGCACAUGGCGACUUUUUUUGGGUGAGAGUCGACAUUUGUUUCUCGACAGGGACAGACCCGCACACACAAAGAGAAAUAGGGCGAGGCAUGGAAUCCUCCUGAUUGCUCUGUCUCUUCUAUUUCAGAACUCUGCCCCACAGUAGUGGACGGUCGGAACUAGUGACAGACUCGGCAACAUGGCAUCGCCAACAAGGACAACCUCCGCGACUGUAUCUGCGUCUCCGAUUACGACGGCAGGGUCGCCAUCCUUCCUUUCCGAUGUCUCUCCGCAAACCUUCGCCAUCGCCAACGCGGCCUCCUUCGCCCUCUGCCUCUUUUUCAACUACGGAGCCGGCAGAAAACUCUUCAGCGACCUCUCGAUCGGCGAGGUUUCGGAGCUUUACACGGUUUUGCUCUCCCCAAAGGGGUGGGCUUUUGCCAUCUGGGGCAUCAUCUACCUCGGGCUGAUUGCCUUCUGCGUGUGGCAGUUCUGGGCGGUUGUUGUGCCGAAUAAAUCUAACGACGGUCGUGGUAGUGCUGGUGGACUGCUUGGAUCCAGUUCAUCCACCGAGCGCGAGUGGAGAAGUCGCGGAGGAGGGGAUGACAUGUUUAACGGAAAUGAAAGAGGACCAUCAUCUUCGCAGCAAGGCGCGACCGCUGUAGAAGGGUUACCUGCAAACUACCUCGCGACUGAUAGCACAAGAGGAACAAUAACCCACGGACCAGGGGCAUCGGCGCCCGUAACUCCUCCUGAUGACGAAAGAGCUGCAACUAAUGAUGCUGACAUCACUCCAACACCAUCAUCUCAGAAAUCCUCGGUAGAGUAUUACCACCGGCUUCUCUGCGACCAAAUCGGCUGGCUUUUCACCCUCUGCAACUUCCUGAACGCGACUUGGAUUUGUCUGUGGUGCCAGGGCAGACCAGUUGUGUGGAUUUGGCUGUCCGCACUAGCACUGCUAUCCCUGGUCGCCUGUUUAGCGGUGAUUUCGGUGAGGGUGCGGAUGUUUCGACGGUUCAUUGACAGCAGUGACGCUGAGGAGGAAAGCGAAAGUGCAAUGCCGUCGCUUUUCGGUGCUGGAUCACGACGCUUUAUUACAAACUACACCGGUCGUGGUAAAAACUCAACAAAUCCUUUUCCCAGCUCAGCCGUGGGUGUGGAAGAUGAGGAAUUGGGAAUGCAAGCUAGAAACUCCGGAACCGAUACAGAACAUCAACAUCAAGAAGCUGCGCAAUUUGGAGAAGACGCAACCGCACGGCGCAGAACCCCAGUACGGGAGCACGAGGAGAGGAGCGGAAGAGUUGCAGCGUCUUCCCACAGCAUCGCUUCUAACGGUGGAAUACAAAGUGACUCUCGAGGAAAGAACGCCAAAAGUGGUCGCGCCCCCUCUUUAUUCCGCCCGCCACUCUACGAGCUCCUGGUAUUGGACAUUCCGUUUUCCAUCUAUUAUCCAAGAAAAAAACAUUGUAGGUGUAACUGUUUUGGAGGAACAGCAUUACAAAUUUGUCUGGCAUGACAGCAAAAACCUGUCAUGCGCAGAUAGUACGUGAAAACGCCCGUUGAUGGGCCCUACGAUGCAUGCCAAGCAUGACAGACGCAAUCAUCUUGCAUUUUGCGCAUCACAAAUUUACACCAACAGCGUUUUUUUCUCGGAUAUCUAUUUCGGUUGGACCACUGCCGCAGCGAUCAUCAAUGUCAGCUGCGCGACCAUCGGAUCCGAUGCACUUCUUUCCACAACGAAAGAUGAGGACCACGACAACUCGGUAGAGCUCUCAUCGUCUUCCUCUCCUCUAACAAUCGCACCGUCUUCCGCAGCAACUCAGGGGAACAACAACUACGGGAAAAUCACGCUUUGCGUUCUCGGCAUUCCGCAACAUAUAUGGGCGAUCAUCAUGCUCCUCAUCGCCGCCGGGAUCUACAUGGCGGUUUUGGUGCGGACGAAGAAUUUAGUGUACCCGUUUGUCUUUUUUUGGGCCGUGUGGGCGAUCGCCGAGGAACUUCGGGUGAAGAAGGGCGCGGAAGUUCGGUCGUUUGAUAUGGCGUUCUCAAACGUUACAUUCUCAACUGUUACAUGAAAAUGAAUUUGUCAUGCAAAACUCCACUCAGAUGCGACGCGAUCAAGCUGCUGCGCAUGACAAAUUCUGGAAGGCCCAAAAAGGCUGAGGAUCUGUGCCAAAUCUGUCAUGCAAAAGGCGCAACCUUCCCCCCUUCAGUUUUGCCAUUCCUGCGUCACAAAUGUAUGCAACAGCUGAGAAUGUAACAGUUGAGAACACCAUAUUUGAAGGCAGUUCCGUUGCGCCCUCCGACGCGGAGGCGGUAGAGGUGACGGCGUACGCAUUGGUGAAAAAGUAUCGUACUCGUAUAAAUGCAUUACAAAUUUCCUCAGCGUGAAAAAUAAAACUUGCCGUGCAGACUUACCUUUGGGAAAAAGUUUGUAAUGCAUGACUGCAAUUACUGCGAGUGCGAUACUUUUGCACUGCAUACGGCGCGAGUCCUGUCGAUUUUGGUUUUGCUGUUUGGAGUCGUCGGGGUGGCGUGGUUUGUGAGGAAGGUUGGAAGUGAUGGUCGGUGAAGAAGAAGCGCUCCCGUAGUCUCGUGCGAUCUGUGAUGCGGCGAAAGACAAGAGGGCGAGGCGCUGCUCCAGAUCGUCCAGUGUCAUGUUCAUGAUGAAGAUGUGUCUUUGGUUUCGAAGCGUUCGCGAGAAAAAAACUCCGAGAUCUCCCUGUUUCGUUUUUCAUUCCCUGUGGGAAAGAGAUCUGAAUUUCUGAAAGUACAACCUUGAAGGCGUC